GCAUUUCGCUUCCUCCCUCCUGCAAGGCCAGGGAACCAUGUGUUGGCGGGAUUAAUCUUUGCCCACAAUGUCUCUGCAAAGGUUUCUGCAGCGGCAGGGCAGCAAUGGCAAUUUGGAGUACUGUGCUGACUCUGCCUACGGCUCCUACUCCGUCCUCACGGGCCAGCUCACGAUGGAAGACAACCGAAGGAUUCAAGUGCUGGCAGACACUGUAGCUACUUUGCCCCGGGGACGAAAGCAGCUUGCGUUGGCCAGAUCAAGCUCUUUGGGUGAUUUUUCCUGGUCUCAAAGGAAGGUUGUUACUGUGGAAAAGCAGGACAAUGGAACAUUUGGAUUUGAAAUUCAGACCUACAGACUCCAGAACCAGAACAUCUGUUCCUCAGAAGUGUGCACUAUGAUCUGCAAAGUGCAGGAAGACAGCCCCGCUCACUGUGCUGGCCUGCAAGUUGGUGACAUCUUUGCAAAUGUCAAUGGUGUGAGCACAGAAGGCUUUACUCACAAACAAGUGGUUGACCUGAUCCGAUCAUCAGGAAAUCUGCUAACGAUAGAGACUCUUAAUGGAACAAUGAUUCACAGAAGAGCAGAACUUGAAGCAAAACUGCAGACUUUAAAGCAAACCUUGAAGAAAAAAUGGGUGGAGCUCAGGUCUCUGCACUUACAGGAACAGCGCCUGUUGCAUGGAGACACAGCAAACUCCCCAAAUUUGGAAAACAUGGACCUCGACGAGUCGUCCUUGUUUGGAAAUCUGCUGGGGCCGAGUCCAGCCCUCCUGGACCGGCAUCGACUGUCCAGUGAGAGCAGUUGUAAGAGUUGGCUGAGCUCCCUCACAGUGGACAGUGAGGACGGCUACCGGAGCAGUAUGUCUGAGGACUCCAUCCGGGGUGCCUUCAGCCGGCAGACCAGCACCGACGAUGAGUGCUUUCACUCUAAGGAUGGAGACGAGAUUCUGCGGAAUGCUUCUUCCAGGAGAAACCGGAGCAUCAGUGUCACUAGUAGUGGGUCCUUUUCUCCCUUGUGGGAGAGCAAUUACUCAAGCGUGUUUGGGACCCUGCCCCGGAAAAGCAGACGGGGUAGUGUCCGGAAACAAAUUUUGAAAUUCAUCCCUGGCCUUCAUCGUGCAGUGGAAGAGGAAGAGAGUCGCUUUUGAUGGGCUGCUGCAGACCUUUUGAAUUGGCUUGUUUCACAAUCCUCUCUCUACCCGCCAAGAUGAACCCCUGGCUUAGUGGGAAAGUACAGAUAGACUGUGAAGCUCACAUCCCAUCUCACAGCAGCAGUGACCUUUAAGUUCUUAUAUUGUUAUUUUUGGGGUCUUAUAUCAGAGGUUUGUUUUUGUUCGUUUGUUUGUUUCAAUCAGUAGUGUUCAACUUCUAAACAGACAUCACAAGAGGAAAGUAAUAGGUUAAAUAAUGUAAUAAUAUGUCUGCUCAUUCUAAUGCUGGCCAGGAAAGUACAAAAAUAUUUAUUAUACUGACCAUGCAUGUAAAAAGUGGAGAAUUCUUAGAUCAAGUAAGAAUAUAGACCGACAGAAUAUAAUUAUUGGGUUGCUUUUAAUAUGUUAAUUUGAUAGACUACAAAACCUCCUAUUUGCUUCAUUUACUCUGUAGCCUCUGGGAGCUUGCCCAAGAGAGAAUUAAAAUUGUUUUCAAACCAUUAAAGGAUCAUAAAACAUAGCAUCAUACGCAUCUUCUCACUUCAGCAGUGACAGUGAGGCGGGAGAGAUGCCUAGUAUUGGUGCAGAGGAGAGCUCUUGGUGCUGGGAUCCUAUGCCACUCCCCACUCCAUCUCUAAACAGAGUGAGUGAGACUCUCAUUAUUUUCGCCCAUUUCAAUUUUUAUUUUCUGCCUGAACAUUCAUGCCAAGGCCAGAAAUCUCAGGAUCAAAUCUAUAGAUCUGUGAUUGUAUUUUCUGCAAAUGUCUAAAAUUCUAAAAAUGAGAAUGGGGAAGGAACAUUUCUUCUGUAUGUUUAUCUCCUGCUACACCUCAUUAAACAUUCCACAUAGGUAUCACCUCAGCUCGAAGUUCCUUGUUAGCUGUGCUUGUAUUGUACUCUCACCUGUCAAUCAUGCUCUAUGUUAUUUCAACAUCCAUUAAACUCUGUUCUGGUGAUACAGCUGUUCAUUACCUGUAUGCUCAAGUAAAUAACCAUGUGAUAAAGACUUAGGUUGAUUCCAAGCACACUCUCUCCCUCCACCCUUUCGGGGUGUGUGUGUGUGUGUGUGUGUGUGUGUGUGUGUGUAUGUGUUUGUGUGUCUUCAACAGAGCUGAUACAUUUAAGUGAAUUUCUAGUUGGUCUAUAGAAAGCAAUUUUGAUUUUUAAAAAAGUGAAGUAAAGUCUGUAGGAUAAUAAGUAGUAAAAUUUAUCUAAGUGGGACCUGCUGCCUAUAAACUCUUUGAACUAAGACACAUGUUUUUUUUGUUUUGUUUUGUUUUUUUCCGUGUGUGUUAUUCGGCACACUUCUCAGGUAUACCAGCAGUGCUGUCUCCCAAAUAUGGAGUGUAAGGCAGUCUAAAAGCACCUUAGAACAACUGGAGACAGGAUACAAAAAAAAAAAAAAAAGAAAGAAAGAAAGAAGGAAAGAUAGAGGGGAGGGGAGAGGAGAGAGAGAGAGAGAGAGAGAGAGAGAGAGAGAGAGAGAGAGAGAGAGAGAGAGAGAGAGAGAUCAGGGAUGCAGAGCCUGUGGUCAUGGCUUGUCAGUGUUGUCCUGGCUAGAAGUGAAAGCCAUUUCUUCUUGGAUGUAGCCAAUACUCUUGGCUUCUUUAGGAAUCGUUACUCUUUUGCUGGUUCUGGUGGAGUUAUAUUAGAACAACUGGAGCUUUCUCAUCAGGGUUGUGUAUGAUACAGGGACUUAAAAUGUCUGAAACUCAACUCUCACCAAAAAAAUCAACAGUGGCUUUUGAGUUGUCUCAGAUGAAUAGUAAUGGCACAGACUCAUGUGGGAGUAAAACUAACAAGCUUUAUUGUGGAAAGAUGGGGAAAGGUGACAAAUCAAAGGGGAAACUCCUGAAAACAGGAGGGGUUCCCAAGAAUGAAAAAGCCCUGAAAAUAUCUGUCUAGAAGUGUUUUUUUUUUCAUUUUUGUUUAUAGGAUUUACAACAGAAAUUGACAAAGACUGUGAUCAUUUCUAUUGAGAUGGAUCAGUUCUCUAGGGUAUCAUGGCCCAUGCUAAUAGAGGAACAACACACUCUGAGCAUAUCUUACUGCUUCAAUCACGGGAAUGAUCAUGCCCUGUUUGCAUGCUGCCCACUCUAUCCAGAGUACUUGCAGAGUUCCAGCUUUGUUCAUCUCUGAGUUCUGUUAGUUAGCUACUGGCCUUGAUUUCUGUCUGUUAGCUGAUAGCCCUCUCGUCGUUGAUAUCGUAGUUAUAUUGCCAGCUGUUAAUUAAAUUGUGGCCUCUAUAUGAUCAGUUUGCACUUUAAUCAUUUCAGAGGGAAAACUCAAUCAAAGCUACAAAGGUGUAGCUGCGACUGUCCUUAUUACUUCAUGUUAGGUCUUUGCUUAUGGGGCAGUCUCCUUUCUGAAUUAGAUGGACACUUCUUAUUAGAAGAUGUACUACCUACAUUUUAGUCUGUCACAGUUGAAACACAAGCAAGACUAUAGGGAAGGACAACUGCCUUGUUUAUGUUCCUGCAGUGCUGCAACCUGCAAGGGAUUGACCUGACUCGGACACUGGAAUGAUGUAACAACAGACAUAGGAACAGAAAAGCUGGAUAGAGUAGGUCACGUGCUUUGAUGAAGAUGUUCCAGCAUCCAGCAAACUCAGCAUGCUUGUGACAUAGCUUAACAAAGGUGUGGGUUAGCUAAUCUUGGUAAGAGGUCUCUUUGUAGAGGAACAGUCUAAGGCUGCAGAUAUCCCAGAGGAGAAAGCCAUACUUGAUACUUUCACACACUGUCACCAUCUAUAUUCUGACCAGGGGAAGGCCUUGCCAUUUCUGUGGGUCUGAGACACUGGGGUCUUUUGACAUGGUAGCACUCAUGUCAACAUACACAUCAUCUCUAGACUUUAUCCAUUCCCCCAGGACAUUGGCUGUCGGGCCUGCUAGUCCUGACCUUACUAGCCAGUCUAUGUUCCUUGUGUCUAGUCAAAGGUUUUAACCCCAACCUUUUUAUUUUUAACCCCAGUGUCUGUUUUGACCUUCCCCUUUGUGAUCAACAAGGAAUCGUCACCAUGAGCCCCUUCCCCUUCCUACCUGCAGAGUGAUAGCAACAGCCUCAGCUCGAUGAACUUCCCACUGUAAUACUUUUAAUUCACCUGCCAGAAAAUAUUAAAAUAUAAAUUGUUGAGCCAAUAGCGAAAUAUCUCGUGGUCUCUGGAGAGUAGGACACCAACAAUUUAGGGUGAUUCUUUUCUUAGCUUUCAUUAGCAAGCUUUCAAAUACAGUACAUAAGUACUUAGAUGCUACAACACAUUACAUUUUCUUUACAAUACAUUAAUUAAUUGCAAUACAUUAAUGUUUCCUUAAGAGUUUUAAAACAGUUAUCAUUGAGCUAGCACAGCAUUUUCUUUUCCUCUUUUUAGGACUAUCAUGCUAAAGAUCAGCUUACAUGAAUACAGCAUCUUGAUCUCCGCCCAUGACGUAUGGGGAAGAGAUGUGCGUUUAUAUGGGUCAAAGUUUCCCGAAAGUGAGAACCUGUUGCAGAGCCACUUCAGAUCAUCUGAGAAAGCAGAGCAUAGGUCACCGGCUUCUCUUGCAAACGUCUGUUAGUAAAUGUCAAAUGCAAAGUGGGGACCAGGAAGGGAUGGAGCCAGUACCAAGUUCAUUUGUGUUGAGAAGAAUUAGCAUCAAAAGGUAGACCUGUGUUCUUGGGGUUGGAGGAGAGGAAGCAAAACUGGUUAACCAGAGCACAGGAAGGAAGGCUAUGCCAUGUGCUUAGUGUUCACAAGCAGUUUAAUGUAAAUGUAGGGGAAUUUCAUACCAUGUUUUAGUCUGUGUCUGACCUGAGUGGGACCUUAGAAGAAGCUCCUGUGGCACUGUGGCUCACUUGGAUGUAAUUUAUGGGGAAAAUACCUUAAAAGCCGUUUUACUUUUUUUUUUUUAAUUUUUUGAAUUCUGAAGUUGUCAGGUAUGUAAUUUUGGUGCAUUGCACUAAUUGACAAAUCGUUAUGAAACUACUGUUUUCUAGAACGGUGUCUGAUAAACCAAUUCUGAGUCAUGCCGAUUCUGAACUGCAUAAUCACUGAGCUCAAAGACUAGGGCACGAAACAAGUAGGAGAGAAAAGAGUUUUCUCUUUUUGAUACUUUAUGUGUCUGAGUGCUGUACCUGCAUCCAUGUGUGUACCGUGUGCUGGCAGAGAUCAGAAUGCAUCAGAGUCCUAUAGAACAAGAAUUACAGAUGGUUGUUAGCCUCGGCGUAGAUGGUUUGAACUGUGUCUGGUCCUCUGCAAUGGCAUAGCCACUGAGCCAUCCCUCCAGUCCCAGAAAAGAGUUUUUUAAAAAAAUUAACAACUUUAACUCAAAACAUUCUACUUUUAAUACUUUUAUAUCUUAUGUGCAUGACACAAAUGGUAACAGAAACAUCAAUUUGAAUCAAAGAGACUGAACUUAAAUCUAGUUUAUGUGCACUCUUGAUGAAGUGUGCUUCUGCAUGUAGACAAAGUAGAGUAACUAAUAUGUUACUAGGCUGAGUCCUUCAGGUUACAAACACUGUUGCUUGCUGUCUACUUGCAUACAGAAUUGUGGACUCCCAAAUGAAAGUAUUUAUGUUCUGAAAUAAAGAAUGCUUUUUUGGCUAUCAG